AUGCCUUUUGGUAUCUCUGGAGCACCAGCUAUCUUCCAACGAUUGAUCGACCAAGUUAUUCUAGAUAUCCCACACUGUGUUGCAUAUCUUGACGAUUUGUUAAUUACCGGUCCUACUGAGGCUACACAUCUUCAUACAUUGGAUCAAGUUUUAAACAAACUUGCUGAUUACGGAUUCACCUGCAAUCCCGCUAAAUGUGUCUUCUUUCAAGAUUCGGUGUCAUAUUUAGGUUUCCGUAUCGAUAAACACGGCAAAACUCCUGAUCCAACUCGCGUUGAUGCCAUUACCCGUAUGCCUCCACCAAAAAAUGUGAAAGAAUUAGAAGCGUUUGUUGGUAAAAUAAAUUAUUAUCGACAAUUCAUCUCAAAUUUCUCUGCAAAAUGCAAAGUUUUUAAUUUACUUCGCAAGAAAAAUGCUCGUUGGAAUUGGACCAUGGAAUGCCAAACCGCAUUUACAAAUCUCUUAGAUGAAAUUUCUACCGCAACAACUUUAGUUCAUUUCGAUGAUCAGUUACCGAUUAUUCUCGCUACUGAUGCCUCCGAUUACGGUAUUGGCGCUGUUAUUAUGCAUCGAUAUCCACAUGGUUUAGAAAAGCCGAUUGCUUUUGCUUCGAAAACCCUCACCGAUGUAGAAACGAAGUAUAGUCAAAUUGAAAAAGAAGGUUUAUCCAUUAUAUUUGGUGUUAAAAAAUUUCAUCAGUAUCUCGCCGGUCGUUCAUUCGAAUUAGUCACCGACCAUCGACCUCUCUUAUCGAUUUUCAAUCCUGCUAAAGGUAUUCCAACCACCACGGCCAAUCGCUUACAGCGUUGGGCGUUAUUUCUGAUGGGUUACAAUUAUGUUAUUCAUUUCAAACCAACUGCACAUCAUGCUAAUGCCGAUGCACUUUCCCGUUUGCCCAUUCCCGAUGAUCAUUCAUUCGUUGACACUGAUUCUUUACAGGUUAAUUUUCUUCACCAUGAAACUAGUGAAGCUUGGCUUCUGACACCUUCAAGCAUAGCCAAUGCUACUUCUACUGAUUCCAUUCUCAAACAUGUCAAACAAUUCAUUCAAUCAUCAUGGCCUUCUUCGUUCUCCAAAAAACGAAAUCCUGAACUAGUGCCGUACUUUACAAAUCGUGUUUCGCUGUCGAUGAUGAAUGAUUGUAUCAUGAAACAGAAUCAAGUUGUGAUUCCUUCUCAAUUACAGAAACAAGUUCUUCGUUUACUGCAUAAAGAUCAUCUGGGCAUUGUUAAAAUGAAACAAGUAGCUCGCGAAUACUGCUGGUGGCCUUCGAUUAACCUCGAUAUUAAACAACUUACUCAAUCAUGUGAUGUAUGUCGCAGAUUUCAAACCCUCCCAAGACCACAAUUUCAGCCUUGGGAUGAACCUCACGCGAAUUGGUCUCGCAUUCAUGUCGAUUUCGCUGGUCCCUUUUGGAAUUCAAAAUGGCUCGUCAUUGUCGAUGCCAAAUCCAAAUAUCCGUUUGUAAUUGACAUGCAGCAUGAUACUACCGCCAGUCACUUGAUACACGCACUUGAACAAGUGUUCGAUUUCGUCGGUCCGCCAGCGACUUUGGUUUCUGAUAACGGUCCACCGUUUACCAGUUUUCAAAUGUCAAAAUUUUACGAGAAAUAUGGUAUUUCUCACACUACUACUGCUCCAUAUCAUCCGGUCAGCAACGGUUUAGCCGAACGCUUUGUUCGAAGUUUCAAGGACGGUAUGUUAAAACAACAAAAUUCGGGUUGUUCGAACAAAUUUCUCGCUUUACGCAAUGUAUUACGUUCCUAUCGUUGGUCUCCACACACUUCCACCAAUUCAUCUCCAGCAAAUUUAUUCUUUCAACAUUCGAUUCGUACGGCGUUUGAUGUGAUGAAGCCCGUUUCGUCAGAAAACUCGUCUUCAUCCGAACCGAAAUUCUCUCCUGGUCAAUUGGUGUGGACAGUAACAUAUCAACAGCAUCGUCGUUCACAAUGGAACACUGCAAUUGUUGUUAAACCUGUUGGUUCGAUGUUAUAUCAUGUUCGACUAUCCAAUGGUGACAUAUGCAAACGUCAUCAGAACCAACUACGCUUAUAUUAUUCUUCUGACAAGGUUCCUUCCACUUCUAGUCUAAUUAGUGAUUUAGCGUUGCCUGCAUCGCAGACUCCGUCAUUGGCAUCUGAUCGUUCGCCAUCUUCUACAUCACAUUAUCCUCAACGCAUCCGGCGUCCGCCUGAUCGAUAUUCACCGUCAUAG